AGCUGCAGCGACUUCCUGCCAAAUAGUUGUCCCUAACAACACAAGGCGCUCUACCGAGGGAAUUUAAUACCAGGGAAACAUAAAGUUUCCUCGACGGUAGCACUUGGUGACAUGGAGCCAAGUCCUGUUGGAAAAUGAAAUCUGCAUCUCCAUAAAGUUGGUCGGCAGCAGGAAGCUUCAGAAGCGUCUCGCCUGGGCUAAAGACAAAAAGGGCCUUGGCCGAAGCAGUAACAGAGACUCCAGAGACUGAGAGAGCAGAUUUACCCAGGCAAACGGUGCAGAAUUCCUCUCUCACAACCAUGGACGAAUCACAAGAGGUGCAUGAGCUACCCACAAAGAAAGCACGACACGAUCCAGAAUUAAGUCAGGAGAGUGAUUCAAGAGGCAUGGUUGCUAAUGACAACAGCAAUCCCGCGAACCAGAGUGACUCGACAGCUCUAGAGUCAGAGGUCAACUCAUAUCCACCAUCAUCUGUCGCUCAUCUACACACAAAUCAAGAGACGAUAUCGAGAGCCCAGGCUUGUGUCACAGAAAAUGCAUAUACUCACAAUGCCGUGACAUGCAAAGACCUCACCACAACCACAGCCACCGAAUAUACCUCGCAGAUCUACCAAGGAAGCAACAACCCCGCAGUCACUGCAUAUGCCGGUCAAGUGGCUUUCCCCUCCCUGGGCCAGUCGUCCAUGUACAGCGGCUUUCCUCAGUCCAGCCAGACGCACCAUGUGGCCGGGCUUAAAGACAGAGUCGCAGCUGCCCGAGGCGCCCUCUGUUGGCCAGACGGGGUUUCUCAGCUUCAGCUCAGGCUAUACCUCAACCCAACCCAGCCAGAUCCACUACACCUACCCCAGCCAAGGCAAGCCUGCUACCGCUCUCUCUCUUUCUCUGCCUCCCAUCGACAGCUCUACACGCUCACUGCAGCCCACAGCUUCAUCAAUAUGGGAGUCGAAAGACCCACCCAGAUCCAUCUACCUAAAACCACUUCCAUUAACUCUCAAAGCGUUUUAUUCAGUUGUGCCUAUCAUCACCAUUCGUUGUAUGAAUGCGUUCACUGCAAACCUUUAACUCUUGUUCAUAUAUAUUUAGGUUCCUGUUUCACUACAUCAAGUGUGUACACUAACAUCCCCUCUGCAACUGCAGUGACCACAGCCACCGCCACACAUCAGGAUUUUACUAAUUACAACACUCUCGGCCAGAGCCAGUUCUCCCAGUACUACGUUCACCCUCCCAGUUACCUCUCUGCUGGGCUACCCAGCAAUGAUAGAGAUGGAGCAGGUGUGGUGGCCCCUGGAUAUCCAGCCAUUAAGACAGAAGGCAGUGCUUCAGCAGACUUGCCCAAUACAAUAGAUGAAUCCCCAGGUGAGACUCUGCCAACAGGUGUGGCUCUGCCCACCGGGAUGGCCCUUCCCACAGGCGCAAGGGAUCAGGACGAGCCCAAUCGCAAAAACCCUGCCGGCAAAGCUAAAGGCAAAGCCAAGAAGUCAGACAGCUCCCAGCCCACAGACAAUGACCUUGAGCGUGUCUUCUUGUGGGAUCUCGACGAAACCAUUAUCAUUUUCCACUCUCUUCUUACUGGAUCAUUUGCUCAAAAGUUUGGCAAGGACCCAGCCACGGUUCUUAAUCUGGGCCUGCAGAUGGAGGAGUUGAUUUUUGAGCUCGCAGACACUCAUCUCUUCUUCAAUGAUCUUGAGGAAUGUGAUCAAGUCCAUGUUGAUGAUGUUGCCUCAGAUGACAAUGGGCAGGAUUUGAGCAACUACGACUUCUCCAGCGAUGGCUUCACUGGUCCCAAUGCAGGCGGGUGUCAGGGUUCCACCGUCGCGGUUCAGGGGGGCGUAGAUUGGAUGCGUAAACUGGCCUUUAGGUAUCGCCGUCUCAAAGAGAUCUACAAUGGAUUCAAAGGGAAUGUGGGAGGUCUGCUGAGCCCUAUGAAGAGAGAUUUACUGCACAGACUGCGCUCAGACAUUGAGAACGUCACAGAUGCCUGGCUGAGUGCUGCCCUCAAAUCUCUCCUGCUCAUCCAGUCAAGGGGCAAAUGUAUGAAUGUUCUGGUUACCACCACUCAGCUGGUUCCUGCUUUGGCUAAAGUGCUGCUUUAUGGCCUGGCUGAUGUCUUUCCCAUCGAGAACAUCUACAGCGCCACUAAAAUCGGAAAAGAGAGCUGCUUUGAACGUAUCAUCUCUCGCUUUGGGAAGAAAGUGACUUACGUUGUUAUAGGGGACGGUCGUGAUGAAGAAUUCGCAGCAAAGCAGCACAACAUACCGUUUUGGCGAAUUUCCUCUCACGGAGACCUGAUUUCCCUUCACCAAGCUCUGGAACUGGACUUCUUAUAAAUUGAACUGGAAGUAAGACAUGGAUCUGGACAGCAGCCCUGAGCAGCAAGUCUUCAGCUGCAUUCUGGCCCCCCAUCUGCAAACCCACCCAUCCUAAACCCCAUCCUUAGCUGAACUCUGCUCAGAGACAGAACUCAAUAAGACGGGUCACAUGUGUGACUCUUAGAUCUCGCAAACCCUCCAUUCCCUCAAUGGCAGCUAUUCUAUUCGAUAUGAGACUUGCAGUCGGACACCAUUAACGCAGUACAUGAGAAAACACAAUGUGCAUCUAUCUCAGCCUCUUGUUAAAAAACAAACCUGGCAGGUAAAACCUUGCCAUCUUCAAAGCAACUGCAUUCACCAAAGGAGUAACCCAUGACCAAAGGUCUGCACUGGCAUAGAAACUUCUGGACUUUGACAUUUCAUUCUUAGUUUUUUUUUUUUGCGUUCAUUUUUAAGGGCUGAAAUGUAAGUUGGAGUAAUUUUGUACUUAUUCCAAGGCAUAAGAUUGGUUGUUAUAAGAUUGCAGAAAAAGAAAGGAUUUAUGCACAUGUAUUCAAGUGCAGAUGUUGAAUUGGCACGUACAGGGUUUAACAUCAAUCCUAAAUUCAGUUUCAUGGGUAUGAUAGUGUCUCAUGGUGUCUAUAAAGUGUCCUUUAGAACGAAUAAGACAUGUUCAAAAAUGUCAAGUGAGAUUACGCUGUCUUUGCUCAUUUGCCCAUAGGAAAUAUGUCUGUUAUGUGUCUAACCACAUUCAGUUCCUAUUUUAUGUUUUACCCAGAAGUUGCUGGAAUGUAAUUGAGAAGGCAGUAAUACAUCUUGCAUAUAGCCAAAACCAUCCAUUGAAUUAAAACGACAGGCUGUUAUUUUCUUUAAUUUGUAUGUAUUUGGGAGAAAACCGUCUGAUAGUGUGCAAUACAUUUCUGGUCAGUUAUAAGUGAUCGUUUCAGCUUUGUUUGAAGGUGGUUUUAUGAGCACAGUGGGUAAUGUUCCUGGCCGCUGUGAGAUUUUGACUGAACAUUACUGAGCCUGAAGAAAAAACAUUUUUACGCAAGCAGCUUUGACAAUUAAGAAUGUUGUACUCUUCAUUUGUUUGCGUAGUUGUGUGUCCUUGUUUGCGUUUUUUCUGUACAUAUUUAUAUUGUGCCUUUUUAAAUAUAAUCACCAUUCAGUAAAUGUAUUAUCUUAAAGGGAAUUACUGAAAAAUGACAAACAUACGUUUGUAUUUUUUGUUUACUUUCUGGUGAAGUGUUACAUUUGAGUUAUAGGCCCUAUGCUGUUAUAUUUGUCAUUUUCUGCUAGUUUGAUGCUUGUGAUCUGCGUUGGCCUCUGAGGUUUUCAAACGUCUCUGCAUAAAUCGUAUGAUUUCAAAGUCUGUCUUGCUUUUAUCAGAUGUUAACUGUAACACUUUGCAAUGGGGGUUUUAUUUGGUAUAUUUGUUAAUGCAUUAGCUGGCAUAACAAUGAACAAUAUUGUUUUACAGCAUUUAUUCAUCUUUAAUGUAAUUUUGCAUUAACCGUUAACAAAUACUUGUUUUGAUGUCAAAGUAUCAGUAGCUGUUGUAAUGAACAUUGCGAAGAUAAAUAAAUGCUGUAGAUGGUUAGGUUCAAGUUUGCUAACGUUAACAAAUGGAACUUUAUUGUAAGGUGUUACUAUGAGAUCUUCUCUUCUGGUGAUUUUUUUCUACAUUUCUGUUUGUUUCCUGCAUUUUUCAGGAAAGUGAUCUGAUCCUGUCUAUCUGCUACCUGACUGUAUCAUCAUUGCUGUUGGGAUUUGUUAGUCAUGCACAGACAAUCAAGGGCUGUAACUGCUCUUGUAUAAGUGCUCUAUGUAACCCUGAAAUAAUAUUUCAGCUUUCAGAUAAGCAGGGCAAAUAUCUGUCAUAAUCAUUCUGAAAGUGGCUAAUGAUUUCUCCACAGCAAAUAUCUGUACUACACAGUUCCUGCCUGGUUUUGUGUAAGUUCAUUAAAUACUUUUGAGGC